CUGGCCCCCAUUCUCGACGCUUUGCUUGCACACUUGCAGACAGUCUUCCCUACUAGUAUCUCGGUCUGGACUAUUUGGUGCUACCGACACACUCAGCGCCGCACCCUUUCAUCACGUCUUUGUCCAGACUUGAAGUGUCGCAUUAUUUGUAGGCAAUACUGCCUGCUGAACCUAUCGCUCACGCCAUGGAAGCUCACCCAUUUGGAGACCUGCACCAAGCACACGACAUGGAAGACUCACGGUACCCCUUUUGGAUGACCGACCAAGACAGCUAUAUCCAGCCGUACAGGCAGCAGGAGAUGCCCUUUCUCAUGGACGAGGAUACCUAUCUUGAUGACUUUAGCAAUGGCAGCACAAACGCCCCACCCAUGCAGCGUUUCAUGACCGAUUCGUACCCGCUCACAGAUGGUAUGCUGCAUGCAAACAUACCACUGAACGGUCAAUACAAGUGGCAGCCAGAGCAACAGUGGUUCCCGGCCGACUGCUUCCGGCAUCCCUCGCCCGAUCGCACGUCGUCUUCGAAUACCAGCCAGAACACUCAAGACGAGCUGUCAUCGCCGUACACAUACCACGUCAGCCCGUACGUCAGCCCGAUGGAUUACUCGCAGAUGUCGUAUUCGUUUCCACCCACAGAGCAAUUCCAAGGUAUCUCCUACCAAUUCGAGGCUUCAGUGUUGCCAGGCAAUUGCUCCCUAAGCGAACUGGAGUAUACCCCCGCUGUGCCUAAGACCGAGAAUGACGACGUCACUGUCAAACAAGAGACCAUCCCCGACUCCCCGCACAGAGCCGUCAAGAAGGAAGAGACACCAGAGCCUAUGGUGUAUUCAGACUCGGGGAUUGGAAAUUCCACGCGAGACGCGCAAUCAGUCGAACCGGUCGAUUUUUCCCAAGAGUCCACUUCCGACUCCGAGUACAGCCCAUCGCCUUGUCGCUCUGGUAAGCGAAGACGGUCUACAGCGUCGGGGACCGGCCCAGGUCAUUCAUUAAAGCGUCGCAAGCAUGCUAGGAAGGACUCAUAUGCGUCAAGUCCUACUGUCUGUACUAAAGUCGACAAGAAAGCUCGUCGGUCCUCUAAAUCCUCUGUCAACCGCAACACCGAAGCAGCCCACCAGGCCGACUGCCGGCGCCGCUUUCCCUGUCCUUUUGGAAUCUACGGCUGCAAGUCUGAAUUCUCCUCCAAGAACGAAUGGAAACGACACAUUAGCACUCAGCACAUCAAGCUCAGCUACUGGCGCUGCGACCUGUGCCCGCCAUCCGUCGACCCCAGCGACGAAGACUCGUUCUACCACAACGACUUCAACCGCAAAGACCUCUUCACCCAGCACCUGCGCCGCAUGCACGCCGCGACCAAAGACAAGUCCCCCCACAGCCACAAAGAGUACCCCGUCACCGAAGACAAUCUCGCCGAGCACCAGGCGCGCUGCAGCCACCGCCUGAGAAACCCCCCGCCGCUCUCCAGCUGCCUUUUCUGCCCCCGCUCCUUUGAAGGCGUCAAUUCGUGGGAUGAGCGCAUCGAGCAUGUGGGAAGGCAUCUGGAGAAGGAUUACGCCACUCGACCUGGCAUGCUCGACCCAACGACCUGGAAUGUCGACGAGAGACUUGAGCGGUACCUUGUUGACGAGGGACUGAUUGCGAGUGACGGCAUGCACGUGCUAUGUGUGUCUCAUGUCGCAUGUAUGCCAUGUGGGGGGGGGGCUGUGUCUGCCCUUUUUUUCCUUCUCUGUUCAGCUUCACUUUUUUUUGGGGGGGGGGGUGUGUGCUACGCUGUGGAUGUGAAGCGAGGGAGGUAG